GAAACAGCACAGAUCUCUGACAUACAGACUCAUUCACUGUGUAACUGAGCAUGGCUCCUUCUAAAGAUACGGCAGUACCCUUGUUACCACUAGGUGGUGAUAAGACUAGCAGAGUGAAUGCAUUCUUGGCCUGACAUUAAGCGUUGACCUGAACCAGAGUUGUUUGAUUUAGCAUCCUAGUUCAUACUCUCCAAUCAAAAGUAAAUAUGCGCAUAAUACUUGUUAACAAAUGUGGCGUGUAGGCCUACCACAUAUCAACAUUACUAGAUUUAUAGUUUCAAAGUUUGUAUUGCCAGGCACUGAGUUUACGGUGAAUAUUUAGAUUUAAGAUCAUACAUUAUGGAGAGGAUAAAUUCCCGCAAACGCAAUACCGAACGGAUUUGUGGUUUUACUAGCGAAGAGAAUCCGAAAGAGGACUUCGCAGCAGAGACUUGACUGGAACCCCAUGAUGCCCGGUAUAUGCAAGCGAGGAGCCCUGUAGAGGACCCCCCAGCCAUGAUGUCCACAGAGGUCCACAACCGUGCGGCCUUGCAGGAGGCCCAGAGCAGGAGGCAGCAGCUCCGCCGGAACUCAGUGCCCCCGGUCCGCACCCUCAGAGCCAAACACCUCCUGGCCUACCUGCCCGGACCUGCCCAACACUCACCCCACCCGUACAUGGAGAAGGCUGAAUCCAAAGUGGUUACCAAGGCAGCAGCACCACCCUGUUUGUGGGAAGCCCCUGCUGCCCAUGAAAAUGGUAGUUCCCGCGAAACCUCCCCUCCUCAGCCACGACCUCCGACCCCUCAGCAGCAGGAAGAGCUCUGUGAGGUCAGCGCCGGGGCGUGUCCGGGGAAGUCGCGGCGCUACCGCAAGCGGCUCAGCUCCCGGUGGCGCCUCUCUGGCGCCCCCCGUGGCGAGUGCAGACCAGACGGGAAGGCGCCGUCCAUCUUCUCCUUUUCCAGGCCCCUCGGGGCCCGCCACGGCCGCCCGCGGGGGCAGCGGUACGUGGAGGCGCUCGUGGGCAGCGGGAGCCGCCACCUCGGCCCCGAGGGGGAGCAGCGGCAGCGCUACGUCACCAAGGACGGAAAGUGCCGGGUCAACCUGGGCGCCAUCGACGGGCGCGCCCGCUUCCUGUCCGACGUCUUCACCACCCUGGUGGACCUGCGGUGCCGCUGGUUCCUGCUGGUCUUCACCGUCUGCUACGUCGCCACCUGGGUGGCCUUCGCCCAGAUCUACUUCCUGGACGCCUGGCUGCGGGGCGACCUGGCGCACGCCGGGGACCCCGCCUGGGCGCCCUGCUACCAGAACGUGGACGGGUUCCUCUCCGCCCUCCUCCUGUCCGUCGAGAGCCAGAUGACCAUCGGCUACGGCCACAGGAUGGUGACGGCCGGCUGCGCGGAGGGGGCGGCGCUGCUCAUGGCCCAGUCCAUCGUGGGCUCCGUCAUCGACGUGCUCAUGAUGGGCUGCAUGUUCGUCAAGAUCUCGCGGCCGCAGAAGCGGGCGCAGACGCUGGUCUUCUCCCGCCGCUGCGUGGUGUCCCAGCGCGACGGGCGCCUCUGCCUCAUGUUCCGCGUGGGCGACCUGCGGGAGAGCCACAUGGUCGACGCCAAGAUCCGCGCCCGGCUCGUCAGGUCCCGGCUCACCGAGGAGGGCGAGUUCGUCCCGCUGGAGCAGUCCGAGAUCAACCUGGGCUUCGACACGGGCGCCGACCGCCUCUUCCUGGUGGAGCCCCAGACCAUCACGCACGUCAUCGACAGGGCCAGCCCCUUCUGGGAGACCAGCGCCGAGACUCUGAAGAGGGACAGGCUGGAGGUCAUCGUCAUCCUGGAGGGCAUAGUGGAAGCAUCAGGCAUGACUUGUCAGGCCAGGACCUCGUACACAGAAGAUGAGAUUUUGUGGGGACAUCGCUUUGAGUCCUGCAUGACCAAGGAGAAGGGGGCUUUCCAGGUUGAUUACAGCACCUUCGACAAGACUUUCCCUGUCAAGACCUGGUCCCACAGCGCUAAGGAGAUGCAGGAGAGGAGAAGGAGCGAGAGGUCAGAUCUCAGCUCCUACUGGAACAUUGUCUCUGACGCCCACCCAUCCGAGACUAGCGAGCAGCUCUGGACUGAGGAAAGAGCUGGAGCUAGCGCAGAUAUCCACAGCAGGGACUCUAAGGCCUGUGACGUGUAUGCCAGAGUAUGAGUGCAUGCUUAAAUAUGAAUCAUAAACACCUUCGAAAUUUCACAUCACACAUUAUUUUUCCUGAGGCUAGUUCUGUUUUAUGAAUGUUACAUUAGAUUAGUUUUUAUUAGUUUAAAUUGAUUCUUGCAUGAUACAAGCUGCUACAUAACCAGCUUAAUUACAAUUGCCGUCUUUCCCUCAUGAAUGUGUUUCUACCCAGUUGCACAUUCGAUUACUAACUAAACACUAGCUGAAAAUGUGAUGUUUUGAGGUCAUGUCUGUUGGUUUUUUAAUUGUAAAUUUGAGUGCUCAUUUUCCCUCCACCAGUAGCGGGUACCCCUGCAUAUAUUGACCACACAGACACCUCUUUUUUGCAAGUUUAAGCUUUCUGGAUCUGCAUGCUUUCUGAACCCCACCAACAUGACCCAGCCAUUAUGGGCCAAUAUGUGAAAUUUAUCUGGGAUUAGUGUUCAUGGGCAUAAUGUGUCUUUACACCAAACUUUGUGCACACUGGCCUGAACUUCACAAACUCCUGUCCCAUAAAUUAAGCUGCAAUCCUCCAAAUUAGUUCUGCUUUUCCAUUUCUAAGAUUCACAGGGACAGCCACUGAGGUCAAAACUGAAUGGCCAAUUGCUACUCAGAAUAGCGUGCGUGUGAGGGGGGGGUGAGAACGUGGGCCGGGGGAUUUUCUCGGAUUAGCUCACAGCAGAAAGAUUUCAGGAAUGUCUCCGCACAUUUAUCAUCCCUCACCUGGACCCUCACCUGGUCCCUCUUCACCUGGGUAAUCCCCUGCCGUACAGUACAUGCACUGCCAUGCUCACACUGUGCGGAGGGAGAGAGACUCAUCUCCGAAUCAAAGGCUUGUCUCAGAAAGCAGACAGCUGGAGUUACCUGGCAGGCAUUGCCAUACCCAUGAUCCCCUUCUCACUGUGGGCUGUAUGGAGUCAUUUUUGUACAUAACACCACUAUUUAAAAAUGCUGAUCCCAAUUUUCAUCACAUUUUUAAUAGGAUAAUUUGAUGGUCA